AUGACCAGCUUCUGUCCCCACCCUACGAAAGGACCGUGCGUCUCACCUGAAAUGAAUGCACCAGAGGAAAAGUCCGCACCUUCACUUCGACUGAUGGUAACGACCACGUGCAUAGAUGAUGACCUUCCGGAGCUAAAACCAACCCAGGCCGAUGAUGAAGACAAUCCAGAGAUAGCGGGGCGGGUAUGGGAAGAAGCCGGGUUGGUAAAGCCUCGGAGAAGGAGGAGAAGAAAGCCUGUAGUUGUUUCGGAGAAAAGAAAGGAAGAGGACGACAGUCGACAAAAGGUAAAGAAAAAAGAACCCGAGGAUAUGUGGGAAGCGUUUCAAAAGCUGGAGGAAACCCAACCGGAUCUGAUCGAGUACAAGUCGAUUAUGUCACCAGUGGCGGUCAAUAUGCUGCAACAGAAGCAGGACUCUGCCAAAGCUGGCUCUCUUGGUGAUCUGAUCAACCAGCUCAUCAAGGUGAAAUCAGCGAAAAGAGAGAGAACGAACAAAGCCAGUCACGAUAAGCAAGUCGGUAGUGCCAAAGCAGAGCCACCGCCGCCACCACAGCUGCCAAAAGAAGUCCUUCAAAGCCCUCAACCUCCAACUCCAGUCCGACUGACUAAAUCGUUGGGUCCUCCGCCGCCUUCCCCAAAAACAAGUGGAACUCAGAAAGCGAAAAGUGAUGCAGAAGUGGAGAAAAGAAGCAAAGCAUUAUCAAAACAGGUGAAGAAAGGUGAAGAAUUGAAAAAGAAGCCCAUCGUUAGUAAGAAGAAGAAG